AACAGCUAUAAUUCAGAACACAGUUCAGUACAUGCUAUCUGUAUAAAUACACUGUUAGAUGAACAUGAAACGUUAUUAUAACUUCAACAUGUUGAAACUACAGAACUUGAUUGUCUUUGUCGCAGCUCUUCUGGCUACGGCGUAUAGUGCAUGUGAAAGUGGCUGGCGAAGUCAUGGUGGUAAUUGUUACAGAUUUACGACAGAAAAGCAAACAUGGCCUGAAUCAAGGCAAAUGUGUUUGUGGCAUAAAAGUGAUCUUGUUGUCAUAGAAACAGCCGAGGAACAAACAUGGUUUCGUAAAGAAGCAUUAACAUUUAAUCACACAGACGGUGACACGGGUUUCUGGAUAGGUGGUGCCAACUUCAACAAUGAUGGAAAUUGGAUAUGGGAACCAACAAAUAAGCCAUUGACAUACGCACCAUGGGGUUCUCCACCUCAACAACCAAACAACAGAGAAAACAGAGAGCUCUGUUUAGCUUCAAUGAAAUAUUUUGAUUAUAGUUGGAGUGACGAGUAUUGUAAUUGGGAUGUGCUGCAAUACGUAUGUGAGAAAAAGGACACUGGUACGACAAUAGUUGGUUAGAAAUAUCAUGAUAUAUCUUUAAAAAAUGCUUUUAUAUUGUAUGUAUAUAGUUAAAUUUGAAUAAAUACUAGCUACAAUAUUUUUUCUUAA